AUGGAACAAACAGGAGAAAAGAAAAAGAGAAGGUGGACAAAGAAGCAGCUUCGUGCGAGUCAGGGUAUGCUUACACAACAAGCUAAAACUAACAUAUAUGCUUCCCAAAGUGGUACGACCGGGUUCGGUGCCGUACGUCAUGGCGCCGACAUACGAGCAGACGAUCAGGACAAAACGGGGGAAGGUGUCUUAACUCAGCAGGCAGCCACUCAUAUAUACGCUUCUCAAAAGGGUAUGACAGGAUAUGGUUCAGUUCGUCACGGAGCGGAUAUCCGGUCAGACGAUUGUUGUCAGGAAGGUCACGGAAUGCUCACGCAACAAGCGGAAACAAAUAUCUAUGCGUCACAGAAGGGCAUGCGUGGUUACGGAGCAGUAAGGCACGGUGCUGAUAUAAGAAUAAAAGAGCUUUACGAAGAGGGCGAUGACGAUGAAUACCCAACAGAUGAAGAAGAAGAAAAAAAGAUAGCUCCACCGAGACGAAGUCCAAGAGUAGAGCAGCCGGUAGUUUCAGAACCGGAACCGGAAGUAAACGAUGAAACAGCAGCAGACGAAGAAGCUGAAUAA